AGGUUGUGGGUUUUUGACACGUGACCGAGCACAUUGAGCCAUAUAAGCCUGUUUUUGGGUUCGGCCAGUUUCACACUGCCGGUAAAGAUGAGGGUGCUGCUCGCGUUCGCGGCGCUGUUCGCCAUCGCUCUCUGCAAGGAGACGUUCAAGGGGAAUCAGGUGCUCCGCGUUGUACCGAAGGAUUAUGUCCAGCUUUCUCUCGUCAAGGGCCUGGAGGACAAGAGCGAGUUCGAGCUGGACUUCUGGAGGGAUGCGACCGAAGUGGACACCCCCGUGGACGUCAGAGUUCCCUUCUUCAGCCUGCAGUCGGUCAAGAUGUACCUGGAGUCUCAGGGCAUCGAGUACUCCACCAUCAUUGAAGACCUGCAGGUGAUGCUGGAUAUGGAGCAGGAGGAGAUGGACUCCGCCGCUCGCGUGGCCGAGCCCAGGAACACUGACAACUUCGACUUCUCCAGGUAUCACACCAUCAAUGAGAUCUACAGCUUCCAGGACAUGCUGGUGGCCGAGAAUCCCAACCUGGUCAGCAAGCUCGUGAUUGGUCAGAGCUACCAGGGCCGUCCCCUGAACGUGCUCAAGUUCAGCACAGGUGGAGCCAACCGUCCCGCCAUCUGGAUCGACACUGGAAUCCACUCCAGGGAGUGGGUCACUCAGGCCAGCGGCACCUGGUUCGCCAAGAAGAUUGUGACCGAUUAUGGACGUGACCCUGCUCUGACCGCCAUCCUCAACAAGAUGGACAUCUUCCUGGAGAUCGUGACCAACCCUGACGGCUUCUACUUCACCCACAACAACAACCGUAUGUGGCGUAAGACCAGGAGCCCCAACCCUGGCUCUAACUGUGUCGGCGUCGAUCCAAACAGGAACUGGGACGCUGGUUUUGGAGGAGCCGGUGCCAGUGGCAACCCCUGCUCCGAGACCUACCGCGGACCCAGGGCUCACUCCGAGUCUGAGGUCAGGUCCAUUGUGGACUUUGUGAAGUCCCACGGAAACUUCAAGGCCUUCGUCUCCAUCCAUGCCUACUCCCAGAUGCUCCUGUAUCCUUACGGCUACACCAACACUCCAGUGAAGGACCAGGCCGAGCUGCACGCUCUGGCUAAGAAGGCCAUCACUGACCUGGCUUCCCUGUACGGUACCAGGUACAGAUAUGGCAGCAUCAUCAACACCAUCUACCAAGCCAGCGGUGGCACCAUUGACUGGACCUACAACCAGGGCAUCAAGUAUUCCUACACCUUUGAGCUGAGGGACACGGGUCGGUACGGCUUCAUCCUGCCUGCCAAUCAGAUCAUCCCCACUGCCAGGGAGACUUGGCUGGCGCUGAUGACCAUCAUGGAUCACACCUUCAAGAACCCAUACUAAAAAAAUACGGAGGCCAUUGUUGGCAGAUGUCACCUUCAAGACUGAUAUCACCGUAAUCGUCAUUAUGACUCGUGGCUCUUUAGAUAUGAUGAAAUCCACAAGCAGAUGAAUAAAUGAAAACUGGAAAACUGCA